AUGGCUAUGCGGCUAGCUGUAGGCCGGCCAUUGGGCGCCGCCGUCCGCGCAUCCACCUGCUCCCGCCAUGCCGUGCGCACCUUUGCCUCGUCGGCUCUGCGGGCGAAGGAGGUCGCGGGACCAGAGUCCGACACGCCAAACAUGAGGUUUGCUCCCCGUGACGAGGCCGUCAAGCUCAAGCGCGCCAUCGUGAACCCGGCAGACCACUACAAAGAGAAGGGCGAGUCUCUGCACAAGUACGGCCAGUACAUCAUGUCAUGUCUGCCCAAAUACGUCCAGCAGUUCUCCGUGUGGAAAGACGAGUUGACCAUCUACGUCCCUCCCGCCGGCAUCAUCCCCACCUUCACCUUUCUGAAGUACCACACCGCGGCUGAGUACACCCAAAUUUCCGACAUCACAGCCGUCGACUACCCCACCAAGGACCAGCGCUUUGAAGUCGUCUACAACAUGCUCAGCAUCCGCCACAACUCGCGCCUCAGAGUCAAGACAUAUGCGGACGAGGCCACCCCAGUCCCCAGUCUGUGCGAUCUCUACGACGGUGCCAACUGGUAUGAGCGCGAGGUCUACGAUUUGUUUGGUGUCUUCUUCGUUGGACACCCAGACUUGAGGCGCAUCAUGACCGACUACGGUUUUGAUGGACACCCACUGCGAAAGGACUUCCCCAUGACUGGAUACACCGAGAUCCGAUACGACGAGGAGAAGAAGAGGAUCGUCGUGGAACCCCUGGAGAUGACACAGGCCUUCAGGAACUUCCGUGGUGGCUCCUCAGCAUGGGAGCAGGUCGGUCCUGGUGACGACCUCAAGCCCGAGAACUUCAAACUCCCAACACCAAAGCCAGAGCCUCCUAAAGAGGAGGAGAAGAAAUAG